AUGCCGACUCUGACAGGCGUCUGUCACGCGGCGCGCGCCGAGCAAACAUCUCGAUGCCCCCCAGCCUCCCAUAACCAUUCAUCCAUCUUUUACAUGACCGUGAACAUGUCUGCGGAGGAGGAGAAGAUCGAAAAUCCCGCUCACCAGGAGGAGGAUGACGAUGCUCCCAAGGCCGAUGACGAGGACACGGGAGCGCACAUCGCUCCCAUUGUGAAAUUGGAGGAGGUUACCGUGUCGACCGGUGAAGAGAAUGAGAACGUCCUCUUUGAGAUCAAAUCCAAGCUUUACCGGUUUGAUAAGGACGGGAACCAAUGGAAAGAGAGGGGUGUGGGCCAAGUAAAGCUUCUGGAGCACAAGGAUACCAAGAAGGUUCGACUGCUGAUGCGACAGCAGAAAACGCUGAAGAUUUGCGCCAACCACACAGUGCUACCGUCGAUGUCGCUUCAGGAGCAUGCAGGGAGUGACAAGUCAUGGGUGUGGCACGCACAAGACUUUGCUGACGGAGAGCUGAAGAAGGAGCUUUUCACCAUGCGGUUCGGCUCGCCAGAAAGUGCUCAAAAGUUCAAGAGUGCAUUUGAGGAGGCACAGGAGAAGAUGGCAGCAAUUCUGGGCACCACAGAUGCAGCCAAGGAGGUGGCCAAGGAGGCGGAGAAAACAGCUGAGGAGCUUGAGAAGCUGGCUGUCAAGAAGGAUGAGGAGAAGCCAGCAGAGUCCUAA